AUGCAAUAUUUUAGCUCCAAGGUCAAUGUUGAUGGCAAAAUUGGUGCAUGUGGAUUUUUGCCUAUAUCUCCAAUAACGGCAUUAGUUCAUCCUGUUCGGCUCGUUAAAGUUGAUGAUAAUGGUGAAAUUAUAAGAAAACCUAAUGGGUUAGCUGUUCCAUGCAGGCCUGGACAAACAGGAGCAAUGGUUUCAACAAUUCGUCAUGAUAAUCCUUUACUUGUUUUUGAUGGAUAUUUAAAUAAAACAGAAACAAAAAAAAAAGUAAUUCAAAAUGUUUUCCGGCAUGGAGAUAGUGCUUUCUUAACUGGAGAUAUUUUACAUUGGGAUAGACUUGGAUAUUUAUAUUUUAGAUUACGUACUGGAGAUACUUUUCGGUUUAAAGGAGAGAAUGUUAGCACUACAGAAGUGGAAGGUGUUCUUCUUCCUUUAAAAAGUAUUAUCGACGCUGUAGUUUAUGGAAUAAAUAUUCCAGGAAUCGAAGGUAGUAUAGGUAUGGCAGCAAUUGUAAGAAAUAGAAUUGAACAAACACCUGAUGAGGAAUUUCUUCAACAAUUAAGUGCGCGUCUUAGAGCAGCUUUACCUCCAUAUGCAAUUCCUCGAUUUAUUCGUAUUUGUAGUUCUGUUGAUAGAACUGGUACAUUUAAAUUAGUCAAAACAAAUUUGCAAAGGUUAGCACUAGGCAACCCCCCAAGUAUUUCUUUGGAAGAUCAACAACGGGUUUUCUUUUUUGAUACAAAAAUAAAGCAAUAUAUGCCCCUUUGUGAGGAUUUACGGCAAAGGCUUGAAGAAGGAAAAUUAGAACAAACAGAUUUAAUGAAAAUUUUUGCUUAAAUUGUCAUUUAAAAAAUUUUUAAUUUGCCAAAUUUAUUAAUUAUAUAAUUUUUUUGCUCAAAAAUAUAUUUUUUAAAAAUGAUUGUCUUUGUUUUUCUUUGCGAAGAAGCUUAGGGAGAUUAAAUUUUUUUUAGAUCUACAGACGUACAUUUUUGGAUUUUGAAAGCCAAUCGGUGUAGACAAACUUUUGCACCUCAGUGUACAUUUAAGGUUAAUUGAGUCU